AUCUAACUUGUGGCCUUGUCAGCCCUCACUCUCAUAACCCCAUUUGCUCAUCAAUUCCUCUUCCUGUUCCUCCUCUCUCCUUUUAUAGGCCCCACCGUUUUCAUCUUCCCCUUUCUCCAUUUUCUCUCCUCCCCUCUUUCAAACUUUUCAUUUUUCUUGUUUACACCCCCUGCUUCAUGGACAAGACUAGUGAGAGAGAAACUCAUGACUUCAUGAACGUAGAAUCCUUUUCUCAGCUUCCCUUCAUCCGUCCGGCGCCUCCUUUGGUCAAUAAAGAAAAGGGCAUUCGUCUCUUCGGGAAACAUUUCGGAACCGCCGAUAACACAUCCGCUGGCGGCAGCGGUGGUGAUGAUAUCUUUGAAUCAGCUGAAACAAAUAACGAAGGUAGCACCAGUGUCAAAGAGAUUAACGAGAAUAAUAAUAUUAUUAACGACAGUAACGUUGAUAACAGUCGAAGAUUCGAAUGCCAUUACUGCUGCAGAAACUUCCCAACAUCUCAAGCCUUAGGCGGCCAUCAAAACGCCCACAAAAGAGAGCGCCAACACGCGAAAAGAGCGCAUCUUCAAUCGACGAUGGUGCACAAUUCCUUCUCCGACGCGCAUAUUUACGGCCUAAUGAACUACCGGCUAGGUUCAGCUCCACCUCCAGCUCCAACACCGAAUUAUCCUUCAUGGAGUAGCAACACCAGGUUUUACGGCGGCCAUAAUAGCAGCUCUUAUAGUUCACAGUCGCCCAUCAACGGCAGCCCGUUGGGGAUGUGGCGAAUCCCCGCCGUUCAGAGUAAUGUUAGCUUCAAUCGUGACCGUUCGUUGCAUCCUUUGCCAUUGUUUGCUUCCGAAGAAUUGAGACCUCAUCAUCAUCAUCAUCAAGUGGUUGUUAAUGGCGGCUCUAACGGGCCACGGUCGUUCGUUUAUGAGUCGAAACCAAACGGACAAGACCAAGUGAGUUUAGAUCUACAUCUGUAAUAUUAACAUUCAUGUUAAUUCUAUUACUUCACUUUUGUUGAAAGAGCAUUUGAGAGAAUUAAUUCAUUUUCGUUCUUCACUUUUUGAUCACUAA